AUGCAAACACCCAUUCUAACGAAGAAGCAACUGAAAUCUACGCUGUCUGCAAAGAAAAACAGACCGAAAGAAACGUUAAAAAAUGUUUUAGCUGUACCAUACAGUACAGAUUAUUGGCCCGAAAUAUUACCUCAGGAUUAUACCACACUAAAUGGAGUCUUGAUAGUACAUUUACCAUCGAUCAAGGUCCAAAAAAUUGAUGUACAUUGGGAUGAAAUUAAACAAGUCCCAAAAGAGGAAAGAAAAAAAUAUACUAGGAAUACAGAAAAUCAGCAUGGUCCAAAUGUAGAAAAAAAAAAGCAUUCAGUACGAAUCGGUGUUAAUGAAGUGUCUAAACUUCUAGAGGAAAACUCGGCUUCUGCUGUGUUAAUAUCAGCGGACGUCCAGCCCAGAUCAAUGGUACAACAUAUUCUAGACCAAGCUGUUUUAUACAAAGUCCCAGUUCUUGUGGUCGAUAAACUCAGACAAACUUUACGUAAACAAUGUGGUGUGAGUGGUGCUGUUUUCGCCAUCGAGAAAACCAUUACAGAUCCAAAUGUGAACCUAAUAAGAGAACAUAUAGAAAGUAUUUUUGCAAAGAUUCCUCCGCCCGUGGAUCAUAUAAAUUAUAAUCGAUCCAUAGAUUCAGCUCAAGUUGAGCUCACAAAGGAAGAAAAACCAGUCAAAAGAAGAGAAAAUUUAAAAAUAGAUGAGAACGAAAUUCGUAAAAAUAUUUAUCUAAAGGCACCGACUAGUGGAAGAGCAUUCACUCCUCAAGAAAUUGAACAACCACAGAAGAAAAUUCCUCGAAUUGAAGUGGAUGAAAGUGGUUUUGUACCUUUUUUUGAAGAACCAGAACCUGCACCGACUAGCAGAAGAGCGUUCAUUCCUCAAGGAAUUGAAAAACCACAGAAGAAAAUUCCUCAAAUUGAAAUGGAUGAAACUGGUUUCGUACCUUUUUUUAAAGAACCAGAGCGUGUACCGACUAGUGGAAGAGCGUUCAUUCCUCAAGGAAUUGAACAACCACAGAAGAAAAUACCUCUAAUUGAAGUGGAUGAAACAGGUUUUGUACCUUUUUUUAAAGAACCAGAGCAUGCAUCGACUAGUGGAAGAGGAAUUGAACAACCACAGAAAAAAAUUCCUCGAAUUGAAGUGGAUGAAACUGGUUUUGUACCUUUUUUUGAAGAACCACCGACUAGCGUAAGAGCGUUCAUUCCUAAAGGAAUUGAACAACCACAGAAGAAAAUUCCUCGAAUGGAAGUGGAUGAAACUGGUUUUGUACCUUUUUUUGAAGAACCAGAGAAUGCACCAACCAGACCUGGCAAUCAGAGUUACAAAUCUUUGGUUGUCAAAAGACUGAAAGGCGAUAGGGAUAGAAAUAAGAGAAAAAUCGAACGUCUAAAAAAGAAGAGAGAAAUGUAA